AUGUCGGACGUCCAGGAACGCCUCAAGAAGCUCGGUGCCUCCGCGCGUAUCGGUAUCGGCAAGGGCACCCCCCGCAGAAAGGUCAAGCGCGCGCCUGCCCGCUCCGCCGCCGACGACAAGAAGCUCCAGGCCGCCCUGAAGAAGCUCAACGUCCAGCCCAUCCAGGCCAUUGAGGAGGUCAACAUGUUCAAGUCUGACGGCAACGUCAUACACUUCGCUGCCCCCAAGGUCCACGCCGCCGUCCCCGCCAACACCUUCGCCAUCUACGGCCACGGCGAGGACAAGGAGCUCACCGAGCUCGUCCCCGGCAUCCUCAACCAGCUCGGCCCCGACUCCCUCGCCUCCCUCCGCAAGCUCGCCGAGAGCUACCAGAACAUGCAGAAGGAGGGCAAGGACGGUGAGGAGGACGACAUCCCCGACCUGGUCGAGGGUGAGAACUUUGAGAGCAAGGUCGAGUAA